GGGGAGGGACGAGGGCAGCCGUCUCCCCGGGCGACGGCGAUGCUUGCCCUGAGCCUCGGCCGCCGCACCCUCCUCGUCGUGCUCCCGCUGGGCCUCCAUGGCGGCCGCGCCCCCCGCGCUGCUCCUGCCGCCUCCCCGUCCCCCCCGUCCUCCUCCUCCUCCUCCUCUUCCUCCCGCCUUCGGGCCGCGGAGCGUCUGCGGCCGGCCCUCCGCCCCGCCGGGCCCUGACGGCAGCCGCACGGCCGGGGCCAUGACGCCUCCGGGCGGGGGCUCCGACGACGACGACGACGACGACGACGAGGAGGCCGAGGAAGAAGAAGGGGGCGAGGAGGAAACGGAGUCCCUGGCGGCGCAGCUCGUCCUGUGGGGCGGCCUGUCGGAGCCGUCCGAGGCGCUGCGGGCGGUGCGGGCGGCGCUGGGCCGCAGCCCCGGGGGGCCCCGGGCCCGGUACCGGGCGCUGGGCCGGGCCCUGGGGCGGGCGCUGGCCCAGGGCGGGCGGCCCCAGAAGCGCCUCUGCCUCAGGUUGAUGGCCGACGCCCUCGAGGGGGACGGGGACGGGGACGACGACGACGAGGAGCUGCUGCUGUCCUGGCGCCUGGGCCUGCUGCCCCCGUUGGUGCUGGCCCUGAGGGAGGAGGAGGACGACGAGGAGGAGGAGGAGGAAGAGGAGCAGUCCGGCGUGCGGAGCCAGGCGCUGCACGUGCUGCGCCGCUGCCUGAGGCGCCGGCCCGGCCCCGUGCUCCGGGCGCUGGCCCGCCACGGGCUGGGCAGCCCCGACCCCCGCCUUCGCACCCGCACGGCCCGCCUGCUGCCCGCCCUGCUCGCCCCCGACCCGCGCCUCGCCCCGCGCCUCGCCCCGCACCUCGCCCCCCUGGCCCUGGCGCUCGCCCGCCGCCUGCCCGACGGGGACCCGGGAGCGGACGCCGGGCCGGCCGGCGAGGAGGCGGAGGCGGCCUUCGCCGCCCUCCGGCACGUCGGGGCGAGCCUGGGCCCCGACGGGUUCGAGGCCUGCCUGUCGGGCCUGCCGCCCGCCCUGCGGGCCCGCUACGACCGCCGGCUGGCCGCCCGGGCCCCCUCGCCCCGGCGGGACGGCGGCGGCGGCGGCCUCCUCCUCCCCGCCGACCUGCGCGCCCGGCUCCUCGACCGCCACGACUACCGCAGCCGGGCCCGGGCCGUGGAGGAGCUGAAGCGGGCCGUGGGCGGGCUGGAGCCCGGCGCGGCGGCCCGGCCCGGCCUGCCGGCCCUGGUGGGGCUGCUGUCGGGCCUGCUGGACGACCCCAACUUCCAGGUGGUGCGCGGGGCCCUGCAGGCGCUGCGCCUGCUGGUGGAGCGGCUCGGGGAGCGGGUCCUGCCCCUGCUGGGGCCCGUCGUGGCCGCCGCCGCCAAGGCGCUGCCCGACAACAAGCCGGUCAUCAAGCGCGAGUACCUGAGGAUCUUCGGCCGGCUGAUGCGCGCCGCGGGCCCCCGGCCCGUGCUGGGCCUGCUGCUGGCCCGGCUGGGCCACGCCCACGCCCGCGUGCGCGAGGAGGUGGUCAACCUCUGCAUCGGCGCCCUGCUCACCUACCCGGCCCGGGACCUGGACCUCCCCGCGCUGGCCGCCGGCCUGGCCCCGGCCCUGCUGGACGGCCGGGGCCGCGUCCGCCGGGCCGCCCUGGAGGCCUUCGCCGUCCUGGCGGCCUCCGCCGGCCCGGCCCGCGCCGCCGGCCUCCUCGGGCCCGUGGAGGCCCUGGAGCGGCCGGGCGACGGGGACGGCGUCCUCAAGGCCGUGCGGGCCCGCCUGGCCAGGAAGGCCCUCCCCAGGCUGACCGAGCAGGGCUUCGUGGAGUACGCCGGCCCCGCGGGGCCGCCCGCGGCCCCCGGCGGGGCCGACGCCGACUGGCUCCUGGCGGGGAACAGGACGCGGAGCGCCCACUGCCUCCUCGGGGACUCCUCCUCCCCCGGGGACGACUGCUCCGGGGACGCCCCGCGCGGCUCCGCCUCUGGCGCCGAGCGUCGGACCUUCGGCCCGCGCCGGGUGUUCAGCGCGGGCAAAGGGAAGAACCGGUUCCCCUGGGAGACGGACCCGCUCGGAGUCGGCGGGGGAAGCCGGCCGGCCCGCGCCCGGGAGCCGGACCAGUUCUCAGCAAACGACAUCGCCCCAUCUCCAAAAUUAAGAUCCUCUCUAGGGAUGCCAGUCAGCGAAGAUUUGUGUUUUAGCAGAAAAAGAGUAUCGAGGAGUAUAUUUCAGAAUAGUCUGGAUUUUAGCCCAGAUCCUGCCGCCGUCAGUGCCGGUGCUACCACUGGAACACACCAGACAUACGUAUUAGGAAAAUGUGGGCAACCUGGAUUCUCACAGAUUCGUGGGAAAAGCAGCAGUGUGGAUUCUGAUUUGCAGUUUUUAGGAGCAAAUGGCAAUCGACAAGAAAAAGUAUGUGGUAGUUUCAAUUUCUUCAGCAAGACCCAACAAACAUUCUGUGGCCCGGCAGAGCGCACUUUAUCCAAUACCAAUCAAGGAGCCUUCAUUCUGCCUUCGUAUCCCCUCACAUCCCCUCGAACCAGUCCAAAGCACACACCCCCCCUCAUGGGAUCUCCAAAGAAGUCUUGUGAUAAUUCUGUUCAUUUCUCAAAUUCCUGGCCUCUGAAGAGUUUUGAGGGAUUGCCAAAACCCAGUCCUCAGAAAAAGCUCUUUGGUCCAAAAUUUCCUGACCCCACAGGAGACAAUUCACCAGAAAGACCUUCUCCAAUACAACUGAAACCUACUUUAGUGCGGUCUCCUUCUUCCCGAAGAGGCCUAAAUGGAACAAAACCUGUUCCCCCAAUCCCUCGGGGAAUGUCCUUGUUGCCUGAUAAAGCUGACUUAAGCACAGUUGGACACAAAAAGGAAGUGCCUGAUGAUAUGUGGAAGAGUGAAAAAGACAAUCUCGCGAUUGACCUUUCAGAAUUAAAUGUCAGGGAUAAGGAAUCCGAUCAGGAAGAGAUGCAGAGCUCUCUUAGGUCUGUACGGAAUAGUGCAGCCAAGAAGAGGGCAAAGCUGAGCGGCAGCUCUUCCGACCUGGAAAGCCCAGAUUCUGCAAUAAAGCUAGACUUGAAUGUGGACUCCCCGUCACGUUCUUCAUCUCCAAACAUCAGCCCGUAUAGUGAAAGUGGGGUUUACAGCCAGGAGUCCAUGACUUCGUCUUUGUCCACAACUCCACAGGGGAAGAGAAUAAUGUCAGACAUCUUUCCAUUUGGAUCCAAAUCUUGUCCCACAAGACUCUCUUCCACAAAGAGCAAAAGCCUUCAUGUUGUUGAACAAAAUUCCAGUACAGGAGUUGCACCUUCCCAUGUGAGCAUAAUUGGCCAGCGUAUGAACUGUGGGGACGAAUAUAGUGGGUUUGAAGAAGACAAACUGGGAGAGAUUACACCUAGCGUUUCAAAAAGUCAAAGCAAAGAUCACCAAAGGCAUUAUAAGCAUACCAAAGGAUUUGCUGGCUCUUCAACAAAUUUACAGCAAAUUUCCAACUGUGACCUCCCGUCGGCAAACACCCUGUCAGAAGAUUCAGUAGUAAUUGUUGGAAAAGGUGUUUUUGGAAGCCCAAAUGCAGUUGCAUUAACGAGCAUCCGGUCAGGAAUAACUUCCUCAGAAAAUGGGGAUGCCUACUCUCUCGGUCAGAGUAGUGAACCACCAUCAGGAAUCUACGGAAGAGCUGUUCAGCAGAACGGGCAAUCUUACCUUGAUGUUUUUGAGAAUGAAAAAGAGAUGAAGAUUUCGCUUUCAAAAUCUGCGUAUGACAAAAUGAGGCAGAAAAAGAAAGAAGAAAAAGAAAUGAAUCCUAAGGAACUGAAUGAAGUCAAAGAUUAUGAAAAGAAAAAGCAGAGCCCGUGGGAACGUCUUAAAUGCACUGUAACUGAGAAAACCACAAUGGAAAGUGAAGCUCCUACUGUGACCAGACCCCAGUAUAAGGAAAGGAUACCAUCUGUCACACACAGCCCAGAAAUAAUGGAUCCAGCAGAACUCCGACCUUUUUCCAAGCCCGAGUUGGCCCUGGCAGAGGCCCUGAGACUUUUAGCUGAUGAUGAUUGGGAGAAGAAAAUUGAGGGACUGAACUCUAUUAGAUGCCUAUCUGCUUUCCAUUCUAAUGUUUUGACUGCCAAACUGCACGAAACAAGCAUUGCUGUAAUUCAAGAGGUGAAGAACUUGCGCUCUGGAGUUUCUCGGGCUGCCGUGGUCUGUUUAGGUGAUCUCUUUACUUACUUAAAAAGGGGCAUGGAUCAAGAGUUAGACGCUACCGUAAAGGUCCUGCUGCACAAGGCCGGGGAAUCCAACACGUUCAUAAGAGAAGAUGUAGAUAAAGCGUUGAAGGCUAUGGUCAAUAAUGUCACUCCAGCACGAGCAGUUGCCUCUCUCAUCAAUGGAGGGCAAAGUCAUUUACACAUAGCAGUAAGAAGAUGUACAGCCCAGCACUUAUCCGACGUGGUGGAACAAAUGGAAUCGGCACGCAUUUUGUCUGGAACUAAGGAUAUGGCCGACCGAUUAUUGCCCACUGCAGCCAAGUUUGCACAGGACAGCUCACAAGAAACCAGGUACUAUGGUAGAAAAAUGCUUUUCUUCCUGAUGUCUCAUUCUAAUUUUGACAAAAUGCUUGAAAAGCAUGUCCCGUCCAAAGAUUUGCCUUAUAUUAAGGACUCUGUUAAAAACUUACGUCAGAAGGGCUUAGGGGAGAUGCCCCUCGAGACCCCGUCCGCCAAAGGGCGACGCUCUAAUACCGGCAGUGUUGGAAGAACAAGGUCGUCGUCCAUUUCUAGGGAAGCACACACGUUAACCGAAAGAGAGUUUACAGAAGUGCGUGAAAUUUCAAGAAAACCAGCUCCCCGUAAUUCUCUGGAAAGCGCUGAGUAUCUUGAGGACAUAACCGGUUUACUAAAUGCAAAAGACUUCCGUGAUCGAAUUAGUGGAAUAAAACAACUCUUAUCAGAUGCAGAGAAUAACCAAGAACUUGUUGUCGGAAACAUUGUGAAGAUCUUUGAUGCUUUUAAAUCUCGCCUUCAUGACUCCAACAGUAAAGUAAAUCUAGUGGCUCUGGAAACAAUGCAUAAAAUGAUUCCUUUGCUCAAGGAUAAUUUAUCACCGGUUAUCAACAUGCUGAUCCCAGCAAUAGUGGACAACAACCUGAAUUCCAAGAAUCCAGGGAUCUAUGCUGCUACCACAAAUGUCAUUCAAGCCUUGAGUCAGCAUUUAGAUAAUUACUUGCUUCUGCAGCCAUUCUGCACCAAAGCCCAGUUUUUAAAUGGAAAAGCAAAACAAGAUAUGACGGAAAAGCUUGCUGAUCUCGUUACAGAAUUGCAUCAACGGAAGCCUCUUGCCAUAGAACAGAAAGUCCUGGUUGUUUUAUGGCACCUGUUAGGGAACCUGACAAACAGUGGAGCCGGAGGCAACAUCCGAACCGCCACAGCGAAGUUAUCAAAAGCACUUUUUGCACAAAUGGGUCCAAAUCUGUUAAGCCAGGCCGCUUCUCAGCCGCCACAUAUCAAAAAGAGUUUAGAAGAAUUGCUUGACAUGACGCCUUGAAAUGAAUUCCUCUAUUUUUACGAAGGUCAGACACACUAAAAAACUGUUUACAUGAGGUCAAACGGAACAAUUUUAAAGUUACAUCUUUCACAGUGCCUGCACUUUCAUUUAGAAAACUAAAUAGAAUGGCCGCUUUGACAAUUUAGGACGGCACAUCUCUGAUAUUAGCACUCUUGAUACACACAGACACACAUACCAAAUCAGUAUAAUAUUCAUGACUUCUCUCUCUUGUUUGAGACCGCAUGGAAUGAAUCAAACCUUAACAUUUUUAAAGAAAAUCCUGCUCAUUUGCACUCUUCUGUGGAGACUACAGUAUGUUCCCCUGUAUGUACAAUUAGAUAUGAAAUUUGUAAUUAAAAAUAUACUUUUUAAUAUGUAAUCAUGUUCUGACACGUCUCAUUACUUAGCCUUAUUUAAUGAAAGUGGAAGAAAAUUAGUUGGAAUUCUACCGAGAACAGGGAUUUGUGUGCUACUUGUAAAAAAAAAAAAAAAAUGUAUUUUUGAAAUCAACCUGCUAAUAUGAUUGGGCAGAAUAACCUUGCUAUUGCUGCUAUGUUGAUGUCAUAUAUUUGAUUAAUUAUUUGGCAUAAUCAUUCAUCCAGUGUAAAUGGUUUAAAGGCUAUAAUGAAAGAUGAUGACCAUAAUUUCUAAAUAAAUUUUAAAUGAGAUUUUAAAGUAACAGAUAUAGGAGAAAAGUGUUGACUAUACCGUCCAUAUUUUUGUGUGAAAACAGUACAUUUUCCUCUGUCCAGCCACUUAAAGAGGUGUUACUUCUCUGCCCAGUUGUGUAAUUCUCAAUAAUAAUAAUAGUGCCAGGUCUUCUAUAGCUUUUCUCAGAGUCCUCCAGCUACAAGUACUGUAUGCAUUUUAAAAAAGGAAAAGGAAUGUUAUAAAAAAUAAAAGGAUUUA